AUGUCUAUCCAAGGUAGUGAUGUGUGGAAUUUCUUCGUGCCAGUAAGCAAUACUGGAUAUGCUACUUGCAAAAUAUGCAAAAAGAAAUUAUCGUAUAAAACAACUACGACAAAUUUAAAAAAAUAUUUGUGUUCAGUGCAUCCUACUAUUUCAUUAGCAUGGAGACAAAAAACACAGCCACAGUCAUCACAGUCCGCAACUGAUCCUGAUAAUUCAGAAGUUCCUCAAGCUGGGCCAAGCAAUAUUAUCAUAUUGCCAACAACUCAAGACAGUUCAGGACAUACUGCAAAUUCUCAACCUGGUCCAAGUAACGUAUUGCCAUUGCCACUGUCAACAUAUCAGGACACUUCAGCACAUACUGUAAAUAGAGUAACAAUAUCAACUCAACAGCGAAUUACACCAUUCCUACCACGAAAGAUGACAGCAGCAAACCGCAAAAAUAUUGAUGAAAAAUUAUUAUGCCUGUUUAUAAAAGAUUUGGAACCUUUUAAAAUAGUUGAAGAUAUUGGAUUCAAAGAAUUUGUACAUGCUUUAAAUCCAAGUUACGAAUUUCCAAAUCGCAAAUUUAUUUCACACUCUUCAAUACCAGCUCACUUUGAGGAAGCCAAACGUACCUGCAAAGAAAAAUUAGAAAACAGUACUAAAGUUUCUAUUACAACAGAUACAUGGACAUCACUAAAUACUGAAAGUUUUAUAGCUGUGACUGCACAUUUUAUUAAUAAUUUCAAAUUAGAAUCAAUUCUUUUAAUUUGCGUGCAAAUGACAGAUUCCCAUACAGGUCAAAAUAUUUCAGAUGAAUUAAAAAUAAUACGCAAGGAAUGGGAAAUUUUUAAUAAAGUUGACUUUGCUACAACUGAUAAUGCUUCAAAUAUGAAAACCGCUAUUAGAAAAUAUUGUAGAUGGAAACAUAUUCCAUGUUUUGGACACAGUUUAAAUUUAAUCGUAAAAUCUAGUUUAAAUAAUGAUGCAAUUAAUUUACUCCUUGAAAAUGUUAGAAAAAUUGUUAAUUAUUUUAAAAAAAGCACCACAGCUGCAGAAAAAUUGAAGAAAUACCAAUUAAAUUCAGGCAGAAAUGUACAGAAGUUGAGACACAAUGUAUCAACUAGAUGGAACUCUACUUACAAUAUGAUAGAUAGAUUUAUAAUAUUAGAAGAGCUGAUUAAAACAACAAUAGCAAUCAUUAAUAAGAACUUACCAUAA